GCCACUCGGAUACUGUUCUAUACUCCUCCCGUGCCUGCUGCCGUCCCACUCCUCUCACGCCGCCCGCGCUCCGGUGGUGGCUGCAUUGCUGGUCGCGGAGGCGGCGGGGGGAGCUAGUCGGCCAGGGGUCGAACCGGAGAGGUCGCUCAUGAAUCAAUCAUCAGGGCAUUCCGGGCUUGACUACUAGAAGGCAUUUGGGUGAAUUGCUUGGGGUUUCCAUUGUUGUUAUAGGGGAAUGGAAACUCCAUCAGAGGCCUCAAAGCCGGCAGAUGCUGAACCGGUGAAGCCACGGCCAGCUGCACCCACCGGCAGAUUUGCGUUGGGGACUGCUUCGUCAAUUAAAAAGCGGGCUGACGCUGGUGCUUCAGCAGAGUUGGGUGUGUCCCGGUCUUCCCUGAUGAAGUCUACCUCAUCGGUGAAUGCCAGUUCGGUGCAGAGAAGAAGCAGCACUGGAAGUGUUGGGAGGCAACAGGAGAAUGGGGGCUCAGUUGUUGCUAAGAAGGCUAGUCCUACACUGUCGGGUGGGGUGAAGAAGAGUAAACCGGUGUCAGCCCCCACUGUUAGCUCAAAGCCUUCAGUGGAAAAGAAAACAUCCUUGACGUCUGAGAGAAUCAAGGCGGAUUUGAUGAAGAAACCUGCUAUUAAGGCAUCCCCAACUUCUACACUGAAGAAGGUCCAGUCCAAGACAGAGAGCUCCAAUGGCAGCAGUGGCAGCACCAGGAGAGUGGCCUCAAACACUUCUCUGCACUCACCACGUUCACCUUCCAUUUCAAGCGGUGUCACAAAGAAAUUGCGUUCUCAGGCAUCAUCGGCAGACAAAUGUUCUGUGUCUAGUCGGAGGAAGAGCUCAACUGCUGAUAGCCGUGAUUCCAGGUUCAUGAUGCUGCCACAGGUGGAUUUGAAGGCUAGUGGUGAAGUGAGAUUGGAUUCAAGAGGUCAUAGGGUGCGCAGUCUAAAGCAGUUGAGACUAUCGCCUGCUCUUGAGUUUAUCUAUCUCAGGGACAACCUUUUAUCAGGUUUGGAGGGCAUUGAGAUUCUCAAGGGGGUAAAGGUUCUUGAUUUGAGCUUUAAUGAUUUUAAGCACCCUGGGUUUGAGCCUCUUGGGAAUUGCAAAGUCCUCCAGCAACUUUAUCUUGCUGGAAAUCAAAUAACCUCACUUGCUAGCCUUCCCGAAUUUCCUAACUUGGAGUUCCUUUCUGUUGCUCAAAACAGGCUGAAGUCACUUUGUAUGGCUCGUCAACCUCGGCUGCAAGUAUUAGCGGCCAGCAGAAACAAAAUAUCAACUUUGAAGGGAUUCCCACAUUUGCCUUCUCUGGAGCAUUUACGUGUUGAGGAGAAUCCACUGUUUGACAUGCCACACUUGGAAGCUGCUUCUAUUCUGCUUAUAGGUCCUACUUUGAAAAAGUUCAACGACCGAAAUCUGAACCCCAACGAGGCUGAGGUAGCAAAGCACUAUCCUGCUCAUACAGCUAUUUGCAUUCGUGAUGGCUGGGAAUUUUGCUCCCCUGAACUUGCUGCUGAUUCAACAUUUUCCUUCCUUCUUGAGCAAUGGAAGAAUAACUUGCCUCAUGAUUACAUAGUGAAGAAAGCUUUUGUUGACCAUCCAUUUGAAGAAGAUCCUUGCCAUUGCCAUUUUAGCUUCACAAAUCUUGGUAGUGAGGGUGAACUAGUCCUCAAAUACCAAUGGUUUCUGGGUGGCAAAACACCAACCGAUUUUGUGCAUAUUCCUGAAGCAUUGAGCGAGGUGUACUGGCCAAAGCGCGAGGAUGUUGGAAGAUGUUUGAAAGUUGAAUGCACUCCGAUACUGAAUGAUGCUGAAUUUCCGCCUGUUUUCGCUGUAUCUUUACCUGUUUCUCCAGGAACUGGAUGUCCAAAGGUCAUCAAUCUGACAGUCAAUGGUGAACUAGUGGAAGGAAACAUAGUCAGUGGAGUUCCUGAAAUUGCCUGGUGUGGUGGGACACCAGGGAAAGGUGUUGCAAGUUGGUUAAGGCAGAGGUGGAACGGCAACGCUGUAGUAAUAGAUGGAGCUGAUGGGAUGGAAUAUCAGCUGACUGUCGAUGAUAUCAAUUCAAGUUUGGUAUUUAUGUACACCCCUGUUACAGAUGAAGGUGUCAAGGGAGAGCCACUAUGUACAAUGACAGAUUUUGUAAAGGCUGCAACGCCAUCAGUUAGCAACGUACAUGUUCUGGGAGAGCUUGUUGAAGACAACAUUAUCAAUGGGAAGGGCAAAUACUUUGGUGGCAAAGAGGGACUAAGCAAAUUCCGGUGGUUUAGAGAGAAGGAAAAUGGUGAAUUUCUUCUAGUGCUGUCAAAUAGCACGGAGUACACACUAACCAAGGAGGACGUGGGGAGGCGCCUCAAAUUUGUAUAUACCCCCAUCAACCUUGAAGGUCAGGAGGGUGAAUCUGCUUGCGCCAUAACCGAUGUAGUUAAGAAAGCCCCUCCAAAAGUCUUCAAUUUGAAGAUUUUUGGGGAAGCAAGGGAAGGAAGCAAGGUAUCUGCUAGUGCUACUGUUACAGGUGGAACUGAAGGGUCCAGCAGGGUUCAAUGGUACAAGGCAUCUUCCUCAGAAUUUAAGAAAGAACAUGUGCUUGAAGCUCUUAGUACAUCAAAAGUUUCUAAAAUGUUCCGGAUUCCUCUUGGUGCUGUUGGAUACUAUAUUGUUGCGAAGUUUACUCCUGUGGCUCCUGAUGGUGAAACCGGUGAACCCGCCUAUGCUAUAUCAGAUGAUGUUGUGGAAACACUGCCACCCAGCCUUAACUUCUUAACAGUCACCGGUGAAUUCUCUGAGGGUCAGAUAUUGACAGCAUCAUACGGGUACAUUGGGGGGCAUGAAGGAAAUAGUUUAUAUAGUUGGCAUCUUCAUGAGGCUGAAGAUGAUGAAGGCUCUCCAGUUUUGGAGGCGUCCUGUUUGCUACAGUACUGUGUUACAAAGGAAGCUGUUGGAAAGUUUGUUUCUUUCAAAUGCACACCUAUCAGGGAUGAUGGUAUUGCUGGGGAGCCGAGAGUUUUCAUAGGAAAGGACAGAGUUACUCCAGGAAUGCCAACACUACUUUCUCUUGAACUAACUGGUGAGGCCAUUGAAGGAACAACUAUGGUUGCCAGUAGAAGAUAUUGGGGAGGAGAAGAAGGGGACACGGUAUUCCGCUGGAUAUUGGUAAGUUCUGAUGGAACUCAGAAAGAAAUUGAAGGCGCAACAAGUUCAUCGUACACCUUAAAAUGCGAUGAUAUUGGCUUCUACAUAUCUGUCUUGUGUGAGCCUGUUAGAAAUGACGGAGCUCAUGGUUCUUUGGUGUCGACAGAAGUGAUCGGUCCUAUUAUACCUGGGCCACCAACAUGUCAAUCUCUUGAACUAGCCGGCUCUAUGGUCGAAGGUGGCCGUUUGACGUUUCAUGCUGAGUACACUGGAGGUGUGAGGGGAAGUUGCAUCCACGAAUGGUUUAGAUUACAUGGUGAUGGUCGCAAGGACAAGUUGACUGUUGAUGAAUGUCUAGAUCUUAAGCUAGCUGAUGUCGGUUGCCGGAUUGAACUCGUGUAUACACCUGCACGAGAAGACGGAUUACAGGGGUCACCUAGAAGUGUUAUGUCAGACACAAUCUUACCUGGGGAGCCCAAGGGUGUCAAUCUUAUUCUACCUGAGUGUUUUGAGGAUAAUGAAAUUUCUCCCAUCAAAACCUACUUUGGUGGCAAGGAAGGCACUGGGACAUAUACAUGGUUUCGAAAUAAAGAGAAACCUGAUAACAUGGAAUUUGAUCUGGUAGCUGCAUCAUCAGAAGUUGUUGGAGAAACCUUAAAGUACAAGCCUUCAUUGGAUGAUGUUGGUUCCCACCUGGUUCUUUAUUGGGUUCCUACACGAUGUGAUGGAAAGACCGGCGAUCCAUUGAUGACUAUCACUGAUGACCCAGUCAUGGCAGCUUUUCCAUCUGUAUCGGAUGUUCACUUGGAGCAGAAAAGUUCAGAGGUAUAUCAUGGACUAGGCAUUUAUUAUGGUGGAUAUGAGGGAUCAAGCUUGUAUAGGUGGUACAGGGAAUCUAGUGAUGGAACCAGGCUUCAUAUAGAUGGUGCUGAUUCAGUCACAUAUGAAGUGACAGAUGCAGAUUACAGCUGCCGUUUAUUGUUUGGAUAUACUCCUGUCCGUUCAGAUGGCAUCAUUGGUGAAGAAAAGCUGUCUGAACCGUCUGAUGUAAUUUUUCCAGAGCUACUCAGGAUCGAGACGCUCGUUUUCAAGGGAAAUCAGGUUGAGAGAGAAACACUGAUUGCUGUUGAACAAAUUCCAAGCAAUGAGAUUCAACAACAUAUAUGGAAUAACUAUAAGAAAGAGAUGAAAUAUCAAUGGUUUAUUUCCGAUGGAUCAGGAGUGGAUCAGUCUUUUGAACCAUUGGCUACCCAGUGCUCUCGCUCAUACAAAGUACGCUUUGAGGAUAUCGGUCGUUGCCUGAAAUGUGAAUACUUUGUCACUGAUCUAUUUGGACGAUCCAGUGAACUAGUAUCAGCUGUGACUGCUCCUAUCGCGCCAGGAAUACCUAAAAUUGAAAAAUUGGAGAUCGAAGGAAGAGGUUUCCACACUAACCUAUAUGCUGUUGGGGGUACCUACAGUGGAGGCAAAGAAGGCAAGAGUAAAAUCCAGUGGCUCAGAUCGUUGGUCGGAAGCCCUGAUCUUAUCUCCAUACCUGGCGAAAUUGAAAGACUGUAUGAAGCUAAUGUUGAUGAUGUAGGGUAUAGACUUGUUGCAAUCUAUACACCUGUGAGAGAGGAUGGAGUUGAGGGACGACCUGUUUCUGUUUCAACAGAGCCGAUUGCAGUUGAGCCUGAAAUUUACAGGGAAGUGAAACAGAAGCUUGAUGAUGGUUCAGUCAAAUUUGAGGUUUUGUGUGACAAGGAUCGAACACCCAAAAAGGCACAAGUAAUGGGACAUUUGGAGCGGAGAAUUUUGGAGGUCAACAGAAAGAGGAUUAAAGUUGUAAAGCCUGGAUCCAAGACAUCAUUCCCAACUAUUGAAGUGCGAGGAACAUAUGCUCCACCCUUCCAUGUUGAGCUGUAUCGCAAUGAUCAGCACCGCUUCAAGAUUGUCGUUGACGGUGAGAAUGAAGCUGACUUGAUGGUGCAAACACGGCAUAUGAGAGAUGUCAUCACUCUCGUGAUCAGAGGUCUUGCCCAAAAGUUCAACAGCAUCUCCCUCAACACGCUUCUCAAGAUCGAGGCAUGAAAGAUCGAGGAUUUGUAGCGUGGCAGCUGGUGUGUAUGUGUGUGGAUGGCUGAGCGUGUUACAUUACACUUUUCUGUUUCUUUCCUCAAAUCAGGAGCUGGUUGCCCCUGACUCAGAGUCAUGAAAUGUACAUAGGGGUGUCGGAGUGAGAAAGAGAGUGGUGUAUGUCAUUCUCAUAUUAAGUCACUUUUUUCUUUUUGCCGAGGAUAUUAGGUCAUAUUGUUGAUGAGGUAUUUGCUUUAUUUUUCUCGUGAUCCUCGGCGCAUGAAGCUAGAAAUUUGGACGAAUCCCGGUUUGACUGCUUAUCCACUUAGUUGGUCAGUACUAUGAGUACUCUAGGAAGUUCUAUUGCCAUUAUAUAUGUAAGGUUGCAACUUGCAACCCUAAGAUGCACCAACAAAGAUCCACACUCGCAAAUCCGUCUCUGUUUUUUUUUCUGAAAUACUCAAGAGAGCUGUAUAUCGUUGUAUUAAGUAUAUCU